AGUACAUAAAAGCCGUGCUGAACGACUUGGUGUCAUUCCCGCCAAAACUUCGUGACUUAAAGGAACGCGUCUGGCACUAGGACAGACGAUGUUGUUGCUGGUAUUUUUGCUGGUCCAUGGCGCUUGCGCCUACACGGUGAAACAGCCCACCAUCUCGCUGCUGUCACCCCGGGGACUGAGAAUCACCUACCCAGCUGAUUCUGGAGUGACUCUGGUGGCGUUCCACUACAAUAUUGACACCCCGCUACCGGGCGUGCAGGCCGGCCAAUGGAACUACGAUAUCAGGCAAACAACAAACGGCCAGUUUGUCCACGAGAAUACGCGUGAUUUAAUAUCCGCCGGACAGACCCUCUACUACUGGGUUCACGUUGUUCGUGGUGGCCUUGGUCACAACCUUCUGGGGCAGUCGUGGGUGGCCACUGGGGGAAACAACAACGUCGACACAACGACAAACCCGCCAACAACGAGGACCACCACCACUGGGACCAACACUGGGACAGACACUGGUACUGGCACUGUCGAAGGUUUUAGCGGCAUUGGGACUUACCUUGGUUGUUUCAUUGACGAUGGUGAUGACCGAGAUUUCCCCUACUCCACCACGCUGACUUACACCAACGGUUACACCACCUGUAGUCAGCACUGUGCAUCACUGGGGUACAGAUACAUCGGGCUGCAGUACGCUAUUGAGUGCUUCUGUGGCCACAGUUAUGGUAAGCACGGCCGGGCCCCGGAGUCUGACUGCUACUACGGCUGUUCUGGGGGAACCGGCGGGCAGUGUGGUGGUGACUACCGGAACACAGUCUGGGACAUCGGCACAUCUGGUGGGACCACCGGUGGUACCGGAACCGGAACUGGUGACAACUUAGAGCUGGUGUUUGAGGACACCUUCGAUACCCUGGACACGAGCAAGUGGAGACCUGAGGUCACUGCAGGGGGUGGUGGGAAUGAGGAGUUCCAGUACUACAUGGGCAGUCCUGACAACCUGUACGUCCAAAACGGGAACCUCUACCUCAAACCGACCCUCGCUUCUGAGCACUACGGAGAAGAGUUCCUGACUUCUGGGUACAUCGACUUCUGGCACGGUUAUAACUACAUCGGCUGUUUCAAUGACGGCGGAGACCAGGACCUGACGGACAGUCUGCUGACCGCUAGCGACAUGAACCCUGGGAAAUGUGUGACGCACUGUGCAGAUCUGGGGUACGAGUACUUCGGCCUGAAGAAUACGGAGUGCCGCUGUGGAAACAGCUACGGAAGGUUCGGCCGAGGACACGGGUGCCACAUCAACUGUGCAGGGGAUAGUGGGAAGGAGUGUGGUGGACAUGGCGUCACUUCCGUCUACGGACAAAGUUACGGUGACUGCACCUCGGACUUCCCCCAGGGCCGGGCCUGUUACCUGGCCGGAUCCCACAACAACAUCCUGCCGCCCAUCCAGUCCGCCAGGGUCACCACUGUGGAGAGCUUCGCCUUCAAGUACGGGAAGGUCGAGGUCUGGGCCAAGCUGCCGACUGGGGACUGGAUCUGGCCAGCAAUCUGGCUUCUUCCCAGGGAUAACGUAUACGGAGGCUGGCCGGCUUCGGGAGAAAUCGACAUCAUGGAAUCCAGGGGAAACAGGAACUUGUUUGGAUCCUGGGGCGGUUCCAUCGGAGUUGACGACAUGGGGUCCACCCUGCACUGGGGACCGAGAUGGCCUUACAACGGCUUCCAGCAGACAACCGCCUCUAAGCACACCAGCUCUGGUACUUACGGGACUGACUUCCACAAGUGGGUGCUGACUUGGACCGACACCUAUCUCAAGGUUGAGGUUGAUGAUCAGGAGGUGUUGCUCGUCUCUCCUCCCACCAAUUUCUGGGACAUGGGCAACUUCGGCCUGCCGUCUUACGAGAACCCUUGGGCUGGAGGUGGCAAGAUGACACCAUUCGACCGGGAGUUUUACCUGAUCUUCAACGUGGCCGUCGGCGGUACCAACUACUACUUCCCUGAUGACGCCACGAACCAGCCCUACCCGAAACCCUGGAGCAACAACAACUCCCGCGAGGGCGCCAUGAGGGACUUCUGGAACGCCAGGAACCAGUGGUACCCCACCUGGAACGGUGAUGACGUCGCCAUGCAGAUCAGGUCCAUCAAAGUCUGGCGAUUCGUCUAAGUCUCGCGAGAUUUCGAUGAGAUCACACGAAAUCACACCAUGGUGAUACCAUGAUCAUACGAAAUCUAUAUUCUGUCAUGUGACUAUGCUGAGCAAGGUCAUGUUGAAUUCAGAUUUUACUGUGAACAAUAUUGAUUUUAUUUCUUCUCUGUGCUCAAUGCAACAAUAUCAGUAAUGAUACCAUGGUAAAACCUGUGUAAUAAAACUAUCAAUAAAGACAUCAAUGUAUG